UGUCACAUUGCCAUAAGCCUACGUGAGUUUACAAAAUGAAAUUGCGAAAUACUUACAUCUUUAUAAAGUGCAAACCUGCGAAGGGACGAGGAUAUAAUUGUUAUAAGCUGUAGGAUGAUGCAUUCGCUCGCGCUGUUGCUUCUUUGUCUGCCAUAUUUGGCGCAAGGCUACAUCUACACAAAGUGUGAACUUGCGAGGGAUCUGCUGGCCGAAAAUGUUGCUAAGUCGGAGUUGCACAAAUGGGUGUGUAUGGCCUGGUAUGAAUCAAGCUUCAACACGGCUGCUGUCAAUCAGAAUUCACCAAACUCGGUGGACCAUGGCCUAUUUCAGAUAAACAGCUAUUGGAACUGCGAUCCCCAAAAUGGCAAACCUGCAAAGAAUGGCUGUGGGCAUCCCUGCUCAGACUAUAAAAACACUGAUUUGACUGAUGACGUGGCUUGCAUAAAAAAACUCAAGAGAGAACACAAAGGAUGGGGUUUCUCGAUGAGUUACACCAACAAUUGCCAGAGUAAAACGAGUAGUUACAUAUCGGAAUGCGGCAUUCCAGGGUUAGGUUAAACAAUCAGCAUUUACUGUUUCAUGUUUGAUUGACUUUUCAAUAAAUAUAAAUUCAUUUC